GGUCUGUGGUUAAAGGGAAAGGGGCUGGGACGGAGGCCGCCUGCCUCUCGGAGCCAAUGAAGAGGCUGGGGGCGGGCCCCGCCCGCAGGAAGUCCCGCCCCGGAAGCAGGCUGCGCUUCCAUGGCGGCACCGGGGCGGCGGUGGCUGGUGCCGCUGCUCGUGGCGGCGCGGGGCUUCCCCGCACGCCGAGCCCUGCACGAGUGGGCCCCGGCGCGGGAUGUGCUGCUCUUCGAGCACGAGCGGGGCCGCUUCUUCGCGGUCCUGGGGCUCUUCUGCGCCGGCCAGGGCGUCUUCUGGGCCUCGCUGGCCGGCGCGGCCCUGGCCCGACCCCCGGUCCCCGCGCGGCCUCCGGAUGCGGCCACAGACCCCGGCCGUGUGGACGUGCGCUCCGCGCUCUGGCGCUACGGCCUGGCCGUGGGCUGCGGCGCCAUCGGUACCCUGGUCCUGGCCGCUGGACUUCUCUUCUCCCUGCGCUCUGUGCGGUCGGUGAUACUGCAGGCUGGAGGGAAGCGGGUGACCCUCACCACUCACGCCCCCUUUGGCUUGGGAGCGCAGUUCACUGUUCCCUUGAACCAAGUAUCCUGCAUGGCCCACCGGGGUGAAGUCCCUGCCGUGGUGCCUCUAAAGGUCAAAGGCCGACGCUUCUACUUCCUCUUGGACAAAGCUGGGUAUUUCCCUAACACAAAACUCUUUGACAACACUGUGGGUGCCUACCGCAGCUUGUGAAAAAGCCACCUCGGGACACGCACCCCUCCAGGAGGGGAACAAAAACCACCUUUAGGCCCUGCCCAGUGUGGCUCGGUUGCAGCAUUGUCCCAGUGCAUGGAAAGAUCUUGGGCACGCCGGUGGCUCAGAGGUUAAGCAUCAACCUAUGAACCAGGAGGUCCCAGUUCAGUUCCCCAUCAGGGCAUAUGUCCGGGUUGCAGGCUCAUGCAGGAGGCAGCCGAUCAAUGAUUCUCAUCAUUGAUGUUUCUCUCUCUC